AUAUGUACUAUUGUCAACAAUGUCUCGAAAAAUAACAUUCGUGACGGGAAACACAAAAAAGCUCCUGGAAUUUAAAGCGAUACUCGGCAAGAAAUUAGGCGAGCAGGUGACGCAUUGCACCAUCGAUCUUCCGGAAUAUCAGGGCGAGCUCAACGACAUAUGCCGGGAAAAAUGCAAGGCGGCGGCAAGCAUAAUCCAUGGUCCGGUCAUCAUUGAGGACACCUGUCUGGCUUUUGAUGCCCUUCACGGUUUGCCCGGUCCCUACAUCAAGUGGUUCCUCGAUAAAGUCGGCCCUGAAGGUCUUCACAAGAUGCUCGUUGGCUUCGAAGACAAGGGAGCACAAGCAAUUUGCACCUUUGCUUACUGUGAUGGAAAACCCGACGAUCCAGUCUUAUUAUUCCAGGGAUGUACCCAUGGGCAAAUUGUCUAUCCUCGAGGCCCUCAAGACUUCGGCUGGGAUCCCAUCUUUCAGCCGGACGGCAAAGACCUCACCUACGCUGAGAUGCCAAAGGAAGAAAAAAACAAGAUAUCGCACAGAAGUAGGGCUCUAGAAGAGGUCAGAAAAUUUUUACUGGAAAAUCCGUCGAGGCUAGUUGUUGAUUACUUUGAGCCUAGUCGAUAAAUAAAAAGUCGUCCUUGUAAGGACUCUUGUUUGCACCAGACAACUUGUGUAAAUGUUGAUGAAAGAAUUUUAUGCUGCUAUUGAUUAAUGUUUAGACAUAAGAUUUACACUUGUCUAUACUUUUAAUUUAAAUGUGUCGUUAGUUGUAAAAUUAAGUGAAUGGUCGACUUUUAACAAAAGUGUGUAGUAAUUUGAUACACAUGGUAAGGCAUAUUUUUGAACUACCAGGACUUUUUACCAUUCAGUAGGAAUUGGACUUAUUUGUAAUUGACAUUGAAUAUAUCAAUCAACCGUUUAUAUAAUUGAAAUGUUUCUAAA